GCGAGUAAAGAACAAUUGCCUGGUAGCAGGCUACAUAUUUUAUUAGCUGGAUUCCACUACUUUUACCAGCAUUCAGUUGUGCCAUCCUCGAUUCAUUAUUCGUCAUUGGCAUCAAUCCUUAUUUGUUAACCACGUCUACAGUCCGAUUGCAGUAUGGCCAUUAAAGCGCUCAGUCAGAUCCGCCAAUACUUCACAAAGGCGCAGCAAUCUCCCUUGGAGAAGAGGCUGGUCUUUAAGCUGGACUUUUUCAUCCUGACAUUUUGCUGUCUCGCAUACUUCACCAACUACCUUGAUCGCGCGAGUAUAGCCCAGGCCUAUGUCUCGGGUAUGAGAGAGGAUCUGGGGUUUCAAGGCGCCGAGCUGACCGUUGUGCAAACGAUAUAUGCGGUGGGAUAUCUAAUCGGCAUUGUUCCGAAUAACCUGCUCCUUACCUACUUCAAACCGAGACAGUUCUUCCCUGCCAUGAUAACCUCGUGGGCAGUACUAACCAUGAUCAAUGCCGUUGCCCAGACGCCGCAGCACCUCAUGGCCAUCCGGUUCUUCCAGGGCUACUUCGAGUCUUGCGUCUUUGCAGGGACGCAGUAUAUUCUAGGAUCAUGGUACACCAAAAGCGAACUAGGCCAGCGCACCGGGCUGUUCACUGCAAGUGGGUUGGCUGGAGGGAUGUUCGGUGGUUUCCUGCAGGCCGCUAUUUUCUCGUCGAUGGACGGUCUUCAUGGCCUUCCCGGGUGGAAAUGGCUGUUCUUAAUAUGCGGUAUAAUCACUAUCCCAGUGGCCAUUUACGGAUACUACUUCUUUCCCGAUACGCCGUACACCACCUCUGCCUUCUAUCUCAGUGACGACGAGAAACAGCUGGCACGGCAACGUGUACCCUUGGUUGAGCGUGGCGAGCCAAUCCUCACUAAGAGUUUCCUUAAUCGCGUUCUCACCUCGUGGCACUUAUACGCCUUUUGCUUCUUGUGGAUCUUAGGAAAUUGCUCGGAAUCGCAAGGAAACCAGCAGCUCUUGAAUCUUUACAUGCAAGCUCAUCCAGAGCGAGGAUACACUGUUUUCGAAAUGAACAGCUGGCCAGCCGCUGUACAAGGUGUCGGAAUCGCCAGCACACUUAUCUGGGCUAUUGGAACCGAUAUAUGGGGCCACCGCUGGGUCGCUGGAUACUAUGUCGGCAUCGUUUGUAUUGCGAACGCAGUCAUGAUUCUGGCGAACCCGACAACAGUGGCCACCAAGUACGCAGCGUACUACUGGGCCGGGUCGAUCUACUGCAUCCAAGCGACUUUUUUUGCGUGGGCUAAUGACUCGAUGAGAGCGCAGCCUCCUACCUUGCGCUCCUGUGUGAUUGCCUGUAUGAAUUCCGCGGGAAAUUGCUUUCAGGCCUGGUGGCCGCUUAUUUUUUACCGAGCGGACGACGCGCCUGAUUUUACUAUCGGAAUGUACGCUAUGGUUGCAGUGGGGGCUGGGUUACUCGUCUGGACUACGGUGCUGGUGUGCGUAGACUCGCGCACUGGAGUGCAAGUCAUUAACGCUGUGGACGAAGAAUGUGGUUCCAAGACAGACAGGGACAGGGACAGGGGCUCUAGUAAAUGUUGCGAUGUUGACAGAGUUAUCUUAGAGGCGUGAGUAGUCUCGCCCUAAUGUAUGCAGGCCGCCUUUAUAUAUAUAUUCGUCAAAGCAGUUUUAUGGAACCGAUCCAGAGCAUGAACACCACCCAAGGGUUGCAAAUAGGACAGAAUAGAAAUGUACCUCGCUGUCUCUGAUUUUCUCGGUAUUCAAAUGCCCACUUCACCAACAGCUCUUGACAUGCGUUGUACAUGUAUUAUUCCUUUCAAACUGCCUGUCGAAGAUGCACCCAUAAUGGCUGGUUCUCCCAGACAAUAUAACUUUUGGACUUGUCCCAAUGAUGUGACUGGGGAUCAAGACUUAUAUCAAAGUUCCAUAACAUCUUGCUAAGGACAAGACGCAUCUCGGCGUACGCGAGA